GGGGGUUCGAUUGCGGGAGGCAGGAGGAGGCUUUGAGGCGGUCCUAGCGCCCACGGCUCAAACCAAUCUCCAACCCGGGGGAGGAAUGGACGGGGGAGAGGUUGGGAGGAAGAAGUCGGAAGUCACGUGGACGCCUUGCGGCCCAGUUGAUUGGCUUGGCAGGACAUGAAUGAUGCAGCUGUGAUUGCAGCAUCUCGUGCAAACUCGCCUGACCAUUGCGUGCUCCCAGAGAAGAAGGAAAGGAGGAAGGGAAGGUCUGCUCUUGCUGGGAUCCACCAGUCCUCCCUGUCACGAUUCCUGGGACUUUGUCUGCAGGGGUGAACACCCCACUGGUCCUGAAUGCCAACUUCAGGUCCCACCAUCAUGGGGCUCUAAAGUCCAUGUGGCUCUCAACUCUGAACCAGGUGUUAAGAAAGAUGCAGAGGCGGCACAGCAGCAACACGGACAGCGCUCCCCCCGAAAGAAACCGAAGCCAGACCCUCAGCUCUGAGACCAGUGUGGACGAAACUGGUGUCUUUGAAGGUUUGAAGCUCGAAGAUAACUCCUCUCCACCCAUCUUCUCCGGAUUAGCGGGUCUGCAGCCAGGUACCCUUACAGCCACCCCAUUCCAGUCAGGCUUGGUUCUGGGCUCAUCCCCUGGAGGUGGGGAGGUGUUCAUACAGAUGCCAGCCCCCCGAGAAGAAGGCACCAGCCGGGGAGAGAGCGGGACCUUUCAUCACCGACCAGCCUCCCACCACUUCCACCACGGCCACCACCGAGGAAGCUCCCUGCUGCAUGUGGGUGGUGACCGGCACGGGCAUGGAGAAGAAGGUGGCGAAGAUCAGCCGGGGACGCCGGCCCCAGCCCUCUCAGAACUCAAGGCCGUGAUGUGCUGGCUGCAGAAAGGACUCCCUUUCAUCUUAAUCCUCUUGGCCAAACUGUGCUUCCAACAUAAGCUGGGCAUUGCCGUGUGCAUUGGGAUGGCCAGCACGUUCGCCUAUGCCAACUCCACCCUCCGUGAGCAGGUGUCUCUAAAGGAAAAGAGAUCAGUCCUGGUCAUCUUCUGGAUUUUGGCCUUCCUGGUGGGGAAUACCCUUUAUGUACUGUAUACAUUUAGCUCCCAGCAGCUGUACAACAGCCUCAUCUUCCUGAAACCCAACCUGGACAGCCUGGAUUUCUUUGACCUGCUGUGGAUCGUGGGAAUCGCUGACUUCAUGCUGAAAUACGUCACCAUCGCACUCAAGUGUCUCGUAGUGGCCCUGCCCAAGAUCAUCCUGGCUGUCAAGUCCAAGGGCAAGUUCUAUCUGGUGAUUGAAGAGCUGAGCCAGCUGUUCCGGUCACUCGUUCCCAUCCAGCUGUGGUACAAAUACAUCAUGGGAGAUGACCCCUCCAAUAGCUAUUUCCUGGGAGGGGUCCUCAUCAUCCUUUACAGCCUUUGCAAGUCAUUUGACAUCUGUGGCCGGCUGGGCGGAGUAAGGAAGGCCCUGAAGCUUCUCUGCACCCCUCAGAACUAUGGAGUUCGGGCUACAAGCCAGCAAUGUUCUGAGGCUGGUGAGAUCUGUGCCAUUUGCCAAGCUGAGUUCCGGGAGCCUCUGGUCCUGAUGUGCCAGCAUGUCUUCUGUGAGGAGUGUCUCUGCCUUUGGUUCGACCGGGAGAGGACCUGCCCUCUCUGCCUCGUUGCCGUGGAAACCCUGCGAUGCUGGAAGGAUGGUACCACCUCUGCCCAUUUCCAGGUGUAUUAGGUCAAAAGGCUCUCAUGGUGGAAGAGUGGAAGAGAUUUUGGGAAAGAUCCCCGGAUCUCCAUCACACAUCAGUCUCAUCCCAACGUGGCAUCCUGUC